UUAUAGCUGGGAUCACAUCUGAGCUCUGCCCAUGGCUGAAAGAGGAGCCAUCUUCGUGAGUCUUGGUUUCUUGGUCCCAGCCUCACAUAAAUGAAAUGGGCAUUUGUCAUUAUUUGUGGUGGUCUUGAAUAAAGGACUGAGUGGUAUGAGGUGUUUACAACCUGCAAAGUGUUUAUAACCUGCAAGGCAAUUAGGGGGAACAGUAACUUUGCUUAUCUUGACCUCUUGGGGAAUGGUCUGGUUCUUUCCAAGGUUUCCCAUGGUAAGGAAUGAUGUGAGUUGGGUCAGGAAGAUCAAGGGUCAUGAGCAGAAGUUACUGGAUGUCCUCUGUGCCUGUGGUGCUUGUAUAGUAGCUGCAGUGGGGAGCCCAAAUGCGGAGCUGUCUACUGAAUGCCAUCAUAUGUCACCUUCCCUCUUUGGUAGGCCCUGAGCGACCACUUUAGCGGUGAGAUCCCUGAUGACCAGAUGGCUCAUAGCUCCUUUUUUCCAGAUGAGUACUUCACCUGCUCCUCCUUAUGCCUCAGCUGUGGGGUUGGAUGUAAGAACAGCAUGAAUCAUGGGAAGGAAGGAGUGCCUCAUGAAGCCCAGAACCGCUGCAGAUACUCCCACCAGUAUGACAACCGAAUCUAUACCUGCAAGGCCUGCUAUGAGAGAGGUGACGAAGUCAGCGUAGUGCCCAAAACAUCUACUUCCACUGACUCUCCCUGGAUGGGUCUCGCAAAAUAUGCCUGGUCUGGGUAUGUGAUCGAAUGUCCUAACUGUGGCGGGGUCUAUCAUAGUCGGCAGUACUGGUUUGGAAACAAAGAUCCUGUGGAUAAGGUGGUGCGGACAGAGAUUGUGCACGUGUGGCCUGGAGUAAGAACUGUUUUCCUUUAUCUUGUGUUGUUCAGUUUUUCAUAUGUAGAAAACCGGAACUUGCUUAAAAUUAAGGUUAACUGUGAAUUUCAGAAUAUUGGUGGUUUAGAAAGGCAUGAUCUGGAGAGCUUUUUUGCUUUCUAG